UACGUAUAAAAUACAGAUUUCCCAGGCACAGUGAAGGCAGCAUUUUCCCCGCAUCAACCUGCUCGGUCUCAGUCCGCCAGCUGUCCGUUUGUCUUCCGCACAGGUUUGUGUCAACUCGUCCUUUUGUGUCACAUCCAGAAAACUCCAGAUGGGAAUCUAAAUGCCGGCUGUCUGGAAUAUUUCCCCGCGGACUAACCUGGACUGUGUGCGGACACAGAGGGAACAAGGGGGGAAAAGCGGCAGCGCUAACGGGCGGUAAUGUUAAUACGUUAGCCACGGCAGGUGCACCACGGCCACGACUGACAGGCUGUCAAACCGCAAAAAUCACCGUUUCAUCUCUUCACAAAGCUACCUUGGAUACUCUGUCGAGCCUGCAGAAAAUUAAACCACACUUUAGGAAACGCGUGGAGUCCUUUUUUCCUCCUGUUUCUUUUCCUUUUACUCUCUCCUAUCCCGACCACCUCACCCUCUGUUUCCACGUCUGUCCCCCCUCAUCAUUGCAUCUUUUUCCUAUUUUGGGCCACGUCCAUCUGUCUCCGGCUCAUUUCCCCUGCCCUCACAUCCAGUGACAUGGCCUCGGCUGAGUCACCGCAGUCCAGUGUCCUUCAGGAUGAGCUCACCUGUCCAGUGUGCUUGGACUUGUACCGGGACCCUCACUUGCUUCCUUGCGGGCACAACUUCUGCAAGACUUGCCUCGAUCGCCUGAAGCGGCAGGCAGAGCGGAGUCACUUCCGCUGUCCAGAAUGCCGUAACAGCCACCAGUGUAGCACCAAAUUUCAGAAAAACUUUAAACUUGCCAAUAUCGCCGAUGACUACCGUCACAGGCGCAGGGUUCGCGCCAUGCCUCCCACAGCUUUAAAAUCAAGGGAUCUGCCGUCGUCUUCUCUCGUGCUACAACCUUGCAGGAAUGGGAUCGCUGUGCCAUGUGACUACUGCCCUUCAGGCUCUGCCGAGGCACCGGCUGCCAGUGCUGCUGUGGACUGCUCUUCUGCUGCUUCUGUUUCUCAACAAGGGGGUGAUAGCGAGGGAGCAGCAGCUCCUGCUGCUGCCGCUUCGAUGUUUGCAGUAAAGACCUGCUUGAAAUGCGAGGUGUCGAUGUGCCAAGAGCAUUUAAAGCCACAUCUGGAACUGCCGGCAUUCCGCAUGCAUCCUCUCACCGAGCCGAUGAAUGACUUCUGGAAGAGGAAGUGCCGUGAUCAUGAUGAGAUCUACAGAUAUUACUGCAUUGAUGACAAGAUAUGUGUGUGCAACGCCUGUACCAUAGAGGGAGGACACUCAGGACACACGAUCAAGACUCUGAAAAAUACAAUGAAGGAUUUAAAGGGGGUGCUGGACAAGCAGCUGUACAGGAUAGAAAGGAAGUACAGCAUGGCUGAGAAAAAAUUCCAGGAGCAGAAGGAGAAGGAGCGGCACAGUAAAAAGUUUAUGGACGACACCGAGCUGUGCUUGACCCGACUGGGAGACGAGAUGAAGACCAAAGUGCAGAGCUUCAUCGGCAGAUUGCGAGACUGUGCACGCGCUCACUGUGACAUCAACAGCCCGACCAUUCAGAUGAACAUCAUCAAGAUCACCAAGGACCAGGCGCGCUUACAGGAAGUCCGCUGCGGCAUCGAAGGUCUCAUGCUCGAGAGCGACCCUUUCCGCUUCAUCGAGGCAUACAGGACAAAAGGAAAAUAUUACCGCAGGCAGCUAAGGAAAAACAUGUUUUACCCAGAGUAUGUCGACAUGGAGACGGAGGGUGUGGGAAUGACGAUGGAAGAGGAAAUGAGAAAAUUUCUGGAAGAUGAGCUCCGGCCUCACAUUAGCGAUGCUAUCAAUUCCCUGUGCUACAUUUCUGAUCCUGAGGAGGAGCAGGACGAGAAUGAGGAAGAGGCUCCGGAGGAGGACGAGGAGGAGGACGAUGAAGAUGAAGAUGACCUAGAUGACAGCAGCGAAGAGGAAAUGAGAAGUGAGGGGGAGGAGGAGGAAGACGAUGAGGAGGAAGAUGGGGUGGGACCGCAUGAUGAUGAUGAUUACAGCCCGGAGGAGGAGGAGGAGGAUUUUGAAGAGGAUGAAAAUCUUGGCAUCUCCAGCUCAGUCGCCAUCUCCAAACCGCACAUCUAA